AUGCAGAAUAAUAAGUGGAUAAAUUAUUUCAUGUGUAUUGUUAAACUGCUUAUGUAUGGUAUUAUUUUCUGUAUUGUUCUCUGUUGUGGUUUAAUUGCUAAAUGUACAGUUCUCUUUGCAAUCUCACAGCUUGAUGAAGAACAGUCUGUACAGUUCUGUGAUUAUUACGAAGAUAUUGACGAAAAAUUGAAUGCAAAGAUUUCCAAAGAGGGUAGAACAAUUUGGACAUGGUACAUCAUCUUCAUGUUUCUUAUACCCGAAUGUUUUGUAUUCUUGCAAUCGAUAUGGUAUUAUAUUUUUAAAAACAAAGAGAACACGCCCGGAAAACGAAGUAUAGCAGUUCUUCUUAUUCUGGAAACUCUUCAUCCAAUUGGUUUAGCACUUUUAGUCUUCUACUGUCUUCCAAAGAUCAACUCUGUGGAUGCUGCAGCAAUGUCUAGUUGUUUAUUUUUCAUUCCUGUUUUAAUAAAUUCACUCUCUCAACGCCAGGAGUAUAUACCUAUAUUGUGCAAUUUUUUGGCAUUAAUUGCCCAAGGAUCUGGAGUGAUCAUGCAUUCCUUUGUACAUUAUGAUAUGCAUGAUACUAUAAUAUGGAUCCUUCCUGUAUCACUUUUAUUAUCUUCCUGUCGUUGGUGGCUAAAUUAUGUCUCUCAUCAUAGUUACUGCGGUUUCAUUAGGUUUUUAGCAUCAGUAAAAGAGGAUCUAACUAAUGGUCGUUAUUUAUUACAAGGAUGUAUAGCACUCUGGAGAAGCUUAUUCUUUGUUUUAAGUGCUGCUGUAAUUUCAAUUUUUAAUGGAAUUCAGUUUGGGGAAUUUUUUGAAUUUCUGUGGAAAAGUCAAUACAAUGUUGAAUUAGUUCCAGUUUCAAAUUCCACUGCUUUUGAAAAUCAACUAGAAACAAGUUACUACUUCGGUGACACAGUAUUUCAACAAGAGGAUAUUUAUGCUUUCACUAUAAACACUUUUUCAUCUUUGAACACCUUUAUAGUACACAUUUUCUGUACUUUCCUGAUGUAUCAAAUAGUAAUAUUCGCAUAUAAAACACAGAUGCACAAGUUUGGUGUUGCUCUGCCACUAAGUUUAAUUACCCCAGGAUCAAUAUUUUUAAUAAUAAUGCUUUGCAAUAUGAAAAAUAAGGAUUCAUGUGCCUUUCAUGAUAUAAUACCAGAUUUUCUAUAUUUUAAAAAUCCUAAAUACAACAAUAUAAACGAUUUCAUUGUAAGUUGGCGUGUUUGGUGCUGGAUAAUAUGGUGGUCGUCACAUAGUUGGAUAACAAUACAAUUAUGGUUUGGUCAGAGGGAAAGACUAGCUUCUGUGGAGAAAAUUUUCUAUAAUUCAACUUUUGAUUCUCUCGUGAUUGAUCAGUUCAUAGGAUUAAAUAAAAGAAGGUAUGAAACCUACAAUAUCAUUGAAGAGGAAGAUAACUUAGAAGAAAUGGAAAGAGCAAGUAGCGCUCACUCAGUAUUUUCGGAAGAAAAUAUCAAUAAUAAGAAAAACGCUUGUGUUACUCAAAUUUAUGCAUGUGCUACUAUGUGGCACGAAACAAAAGAAGAAAUGAUGGAAUUAAUUGGAAGUAUAUUACGAUUAGAUAAAGAUCAGUGUGCUAUGAAAGCUACACAAGACUACUAUAACAUUUCUAUUAACGAUUAUUAUGAACUUGAAACUCAUAUCUUUUUCGAUGAUGCCUUUUGCUGUAUGCAUGGUUGUACUGGACCAUGUAAUCACGAUGAAAAUGAAAUUCAAAUAAAUCAAUAUGUAGCUACAUUUUUGGAAACAAUGCAAGAAAGUGUGGAAAAUCUUGGUAUCCAUUCAUUAUCUCCUAUUAAAUAUCCAACACCCUACGGUGGUCAGUUAAUCUGGAAUUUACCUGGGAAGACACGUUUAACAGUGCACUUUAAAGAUAAACAUAAAAUCAGACACCGAAAAAGAUGGAGCCAGGUCAUGUACAUGUAUUACCUCCUUGGCUAUCGUUUAAUGGGUUCCUCGAUGGAUAUUGAUCGCAAAGAAUUCAUAGCAGAAAACACUUACAUUUUAACACUAGAUGGUGAUGUUGAUUUUCAACCAACAACAGUUAAAGUGCUAGUAGAUUUAAUGAAGAGAGAUAAAGAAUUAGGUGGAGCUUGCGGGCGAAUACAUCCAAUAGGAAAAGGUCCAAUUAUUUGGUUCCAAAAAUUUGAAUAUGCAUUAGGGCAUUGGCUUCAAAAAUCAACAGAACACAUUACAGGCUCUGUCCUUUGCAGUCCUGGCUGCUUUUCUCUUUUUAGAGCAAAAGCUUUAAUGCAACAUAAUGUCAUAGCAAAGUAUGCAACUAAAUCGACUGAACCCAGACAUUAUAUUCAGCGCGAUCAAGGAGAAGAUCGAUGGCUCUGCACACUGCUCUUACAAGCUGGUUGUAGAGUAGAAUAUUGUGCAGCUGGCGAUGCUUAUACACAUGCUCCAGAAACAUUCAAAGAUUUUUAUAUUCAACGUCGUCGAUGGAUCCCAUCAACUAUAGCUAAUAUUUUCGAUUUAUUGAAUACCUCAAAGGAAACUAGAAAAGUAAACAAUGCCGUCUCAUGGAUGUAUAUCGCAUAUCAGUGGAUAUUGACAGGUAGUACUAUUAUUGGACCAUCUUUCAUCUAUUUAAUGAUGGCUGGUGCACUUGUCACCUGUUUCCAAAUAGAUAACUGGGCAAGUUUUUGCUAUAAUCUAAUUCCAAUAGUCAUUUUCCUUGUAGUAUGUUUCUUCUGUGAAGAACGUAUUCAGCUUAUAGUGGCUGAGUUUAUCACUGUUAUAUAUGCUUUGGUAAUGAUAAUAGUAUUAGUUGGAAUAAUAUUGCAAGUCUCAAAAGAAGGAUAUCUUGCACCCAACACUCUUCUUUUCUUUAUUGUAAUCAGCCAAUUUGUGCUAACAGGUGUAAUGCACCCACAAGAGAUAUCAUGCUUGAAUAAUGGAAUCAUUUAUUACAUUACUGUACCGUCAAUGUACAUGUUGCUCAUUAUUUAUUCCAUAUUUAAUGUCCAUAAUGUUACAUGGGGUACCAGAGAGUCUAAGCAACAGAUAAAGGCACAAGAACAAACUAAUAAAUUACAAUCCGAGGAUAACCAAACAUCUAGAAAUGACUGGAAAAAGUUUUCGUUGAUCAAUUUUUUCAAAUAUGUGUUCUGUACAUGCAAUUCAGAAAAGGAAGAAGAGUACUUGCAGUCUAUUUAUAGGUCGAUAAAUGAAAUUAAUGUUCGCUUAGAAAAAAUGGAAAGGAUUGGCAAUACAUCAAAUGAUAGUAUAGAAGGAAGAAAUAAUAAUGAAACUAACAUGUAUGAUUCAGAAACUGAAUUGCAAGGUAUUAAAAAUGAAUUAUACACAGACGAAUAUUCAGCAACAGAAAGUUCAGUUCGAUCAUCUACUACUCUUUGCGGAGGAUAUUCCAAUUAUUUAGUAAGUCCUAAGUGGCUUCAAAGUGAACAUAUAAAAAAUGGGAAGGUAGAUUUCCUAUCUACAUCAGAAGAAGAAUUCUGGAAGCAACUAAUUGAAAAAUAUUUACAUCCCAUUGAUAAUGAUGCAGAAGAACAACAAAGAAUUGCAAAGGAUUUGAUAAAUAUACGGAACGAGUACCUUCUAAAAUUUUUUAUGAUAAAUACCUUGUUUGUAGUUGCAAUUUUUUUGUUACAAAUUAAUAAGGACAUUUUACACCUCCAAUGGCCUUUUGCUGUUACAUAUAAUAUAACUUUCGACGAAAUACGAGAAGAAGUGCAGAUCACAAAGAAGUACAUGCAUUUGGAACCAAUAGGGGGCCUCUUCAUUGUUGCAUUUGUUGUGAUUUUGUUUAUUCAAUUUUUAGCAAUGUUGGUUCACAGAUUCAAUACAUUUGCUCACAUCAUUGCUCAUGUGAAAUUAAGUCAACUUUUCAAUUGCAAAGUUUCAGAUGAUUUAAUUACCGAUAACCAUGUGAAAAACAUAGUCGAGGGACUCCAAAAUGCAGUAGAAAAAGAAACAAUAUAUAAUACAACAAAUACUACAAUGCCUUAUUCACGAACAAGGAAGAAUAUUCGAGAAAUAAUAGAAGACAAUCAAAAUUUGCCAAAGAUGUCUACUAAUUUUGAAGUGCUUUUCCAUAGAAAACUAAGAGAAUCUGACACAUCAGGUUUCUCCAAGGUACUAUCUUCAAAUAUAUCAAAGAAUGCAAUAGAAGCAUUAGAAAAUCAUCGUUCUAAAAUUAUAGUAGAACAUAAGAAACGACAAUCUCAUCGCAGUAUGUAUAGUGAAAAUGAUGAAAGAUCAAGUUUUUAUGAGGAAAACAAAGAUAAAAAAGUAGAAACUCAUGAGUACGAUAAUCCAGAAUUUGUAAAUAAGAAAGAAGAAUAA